GAACCCAACAACACUCAAUUUGACCCAACCACGAUGUUUGGGAUCGCAGAAGUUUCGCAAGGCAGCUCAGGGGACAGUUUCGACCUUUGCGACUGGUUUCCGCGGUAUCAGAAUUGCCAGCGGUAUUUCCUGGAUCAUGCCCAACACAGUGGCCCCGUCCAGGGUCUCUCUGCGUUCCUGAACAUUCGACUCCCUUUCCAACGCCAACCCAAUCCCAUCUUCAAUUCCGCCUCGUCGAUUCCUACUCCUCCUGGACAGGCAACACCUUCCUCGUCGUCUUCGCCUCUACCACCGUCCGUCUCCCUCAUUCCCUACAUCAGACGUCUUGUGGCUACGGGUAUGGAUUUCCCGGGAGUCCUUCAGGGGUUCUUUGGCGACGACUGGGGGUCAGGAAUUGGAUCGCUACACGAGCAGGAGCGUCGCAAUUAUCUAUUCGCAGCCAAGAGUGGUGGGUGGGCUGCGGUAAAGAAAGAUUACGACAUGCCACCGCAAGAGACCAUUCCUUUCCUUCGACCGCUCCAGGGGCCGUUGGAUCCUGAGAUUGAGGCAGCCGAAAGAAGCUGGAGUGAAUGGUUGGCUAUGGAGGAUUGGAUGAUUGGGCCGCGAGCGCCCGAUCUGGACUCGUCUUCUCAGGCAUCGCAUCGACGGAGUUUUCGGGGGUAGAUUUCCUUUUUUUUUUUCUCUCAGGGGAAGUCAAGAUUUCUAUUAAUGUGUUCUUGUUUUCUUUUUUUCUUUUUUCUUUUGGGUUAUACACAAUAUAUUCAGCAUGUCGUUUUACGGUGUUCAGAGCUGUUGAUAGCGAGUUUCUUCUAUUCUUUUGAUUGUCUGAUUCAUUACGGCCCUCGACGGGCUAUGCAUUGCUGCUAAGGCAGAAACUAUGAUUAUUUCCAAUGUCACACAC